UGGAAGAACGUCACCUGCCUGUAGCGUGAGUGUGAAGGUCCAGCUCCUACUGAAGGCUGAGCUCCUGAAAAGGUAAUGUUAGUGUUGCAAGGGAGGAUGUGCUGCUGGAUUGCUAGGAAACGUGAGACUUGUGAGCGUUGACUUCUCCCAUCUGAGAAUGACUUUGGUUGAAAGGGACCUUAAGAUCAUACGGUCUUAUUAUGGAAUAAUAAGAAUGCUUUGAGUCAUAAUUAUAUGUUCCUAAGUAUAGGAAUAUAUACACAGAAGAGACUUUCUCUAGUGGAGUGGUAGAGCAAUAGGGUGUCUUGCCACAAUCAUUAAUGUCUUUGUAGUAGCAUUUACUUUCGUGGUAAGUUGCUAACCUCAUAUUAAGCAGAGCUCCCUUACAAGUGGAUGGGUGGCUAGGGCGGUUAAUCUCAGGCUGCUCUAAGCCUGACCUACACAGGCUUCUGUGCUGUUCUUUCCAUGCUUCUUUAGUGCAGCUCUUGUCUCUGCUGUCCUUUCUUGCCACCUGCAUGAGGAAAAGCUGUAGGUUGCAAAGUGAAGAACUCUUGCUCCUAUUCGGCUUUAGGAGCAAGUUAAAUGCAAGCAAUGUCUUCUAUUAAGCCCCUGUUGUUGGAUAAUGGCAAUAGAAUCAUCUAGGUUGGAAAACAUCUUCAGGAUCAUCAAGUCCAACUGUCAGUCUGACCUACAGAGUCCCGUCGCUAAACCAUGUCCAGGUCAAUAAGAUCAGGUUAUGCUCCAUUAACUCUUCAUGCAGCAUCAGAUUAUUUUUUUUUUCUCCACAGUAGUUGUUUUGGGAAGAUGAACAAAUGGCUCAGUAUCAGGAUCAGAAGUCCUCUUGAGUGUUAAAGAACCCCAAUCCUUUAUCUAUAUGAGCACCAUCUGGGAAUUGCUCCUCAUGGGAUACACUCUUGGUUUGUGUGAUAGCAAGGCUAUGUCUUGGGCUAAGAAUAUCUGUGUUUUGAAGGGCACAAAUAAAUACAUCAAUGUGUACUAGCCUCACAGAGUUGCUGACUUUCUGUCAUCUUCCACAAAUUUAAAGUAAUCUGAUCUUUUAAGUAGCCCUUUACUUUUGACUCUUAAAAAGAUAAUGUACUCAACAUAGUAGACACUAGUGAUAGGCAAGUGGUAACAACCUUAGCUUGUGCUGGGGAGGUUCAAAUUGGAUACUGGGGAAAAAAUUUAGAAAGAGUGGUAGUGCAUUGGAACAGGCUAGGAAUGGAAGUGGUGGAGUCACCAUCGCUAGAGGUUUUUGAUAACAUUGUAGAUGUUGCACUAAAUGACAUGGUUUAGUGUAUGAUCGUGAUGGGUGGAUGGUUGGACUAGAUGAUCUUAGUGUUUUUUCAACUGUUAAUGAUUUUGUGUGGAAGAAUUAUGUGUACCUCCUUGAAAUCUAUCUGAAUUACAGCUUUCCAAGACUUCUGGAGCAGGCAUUGGUGGUCUUUGUGGGUGUGCUUGUGGCUACCACUACUUUGAAAGUGUCAUUAUUUGAAAGAUGAUAAAGAAAUCUUAUUCUGUGUUGAAACCUUCCAAAGAAAGACCAUCGGUUUUACAAAUCCACCUAAAGGGGUGGGAGGUAGCCUGGUUUAGAGCAUGUGUGUGCUGAAGCAUGUUACUUUAAAUGCCUGUAUGGCUCCACCGGAGGGAGUUAUACAUAGCACUUUUACCAGUGGCGUGAUAACUUGAAACUACCUUUUUCCAACAUUCAAGAGCUUUCAAAACCUACUAGCAGGCCUGUUCUGUAAAUCAUGAUUGGCUUUGGAUUGCUGCUGCUGCCAUCCUCUAGAACAAAGUUUUCUGUGUUUUCUUGUAUUGUUUUCAGGAAGCUUUUCCUUUCUAUUUAUAUUACCCCUUAGCUUGUGAGAAUGUGUAUUCCACCUUGCUGCAAGCAUAUAUCUAAGUGUUUAUUUAAUUUUCCCAACAAUUAUUUAUUUUCAUCUAUUCUUAAAAACUGUACUUUUUUUCUUUGACCUAUUAUCUCCAUAGUUCUGAAUUCACUCUAGUUUUUAACUUUUUGGGGGUGAUGAGGUGUACCUAUAAUAACAUUUAUUUCAGAACUGUUGAUGAGACGACAUAGUUCAUGAGCUCUGUAUCUCUAGACAUAGUUCAAAAUUCUGUUUGCUCUCCUGCUGUUUUCUUUAUCUUUCUGUUAGUUUUCUGUAUUUUCAGGUAAAAAACAUUUGCUAAUGCUGCUGGGAGUUGAAGUACCUUUAGCUGUCUUAUUUUGAAGUGUACUCAUGAACACCUGCUAGUUAAACAGUUAUUGUAGAGACAGAAGGGUCUUAAUUUCAGUCUGAAGGAGAAGUGUUCUAAACACGUGGAAGAAAAAGCAGUUUAUGAUGCCUGUUAUGGUUACUGAAUCACCAACAAGAUAGGGAAAAAAACGCAGGCAUGAAUAGAGUUUGUGGUGGUUGGAGGGAGGGAUGUGGUAAGCUUUGGAAAUGACUCCUGUCAGGUUCAGAGGAAGGCUGAGAUAUAAAUAGCAAGAGGACUUCUAUCAGCGCCAGGGGCUCAACAGGACACCUCAUUUUGUGUGAGAAACCAUGCCAUUUUUGGGCCAAGACUGGAGAUCCCCUGGAUGGAGGUGGGUUAAAACAGAAGAUGGAUGGAAACGAUUUGAACCUUUUGGACCUGCACUUCAGGGUGGAAACAGUCAGCUUAAUGACAUCAGUCACACUGUUAUCUUAACUGGUGGUGAUGAUGAUGAUGAGAUGUACGCUUCUGAGGAUUGUGAAUUGGCAGCCAAGAAAAGGAAGAAGGAUCAUUGUAGGAACAACACGGAUUCACAAUGUUUUUAUCGUGAAAAUUGGAUUUACGUUCAUAAGGAAAGCACCAGAGAAAGACAUGGCUAUUGCACUUUGGGAGAAGCAUUUAAUCGCUUAGAUUUUUCAAGUGCAAUUCAGGACAUCAGAAGGUUCAAUUACGUGGUCAAACUUUUGCAGCUAAUUGCAAAAUCCCAGUUAACGUCACUGAGUGGUGCAGCACAGAAGAACUACUUCAACAUUUUAGACAAAAUUGUGCGGAAAGUCAUGGAAGACCAUCACAAUCCACGAUUAAUCAAAGAUCUUCUACAAGAUUUGAGUUCCACUCUCUGUAUACUGAUCAGGGGAGUAGGAAAAUCUGUUCUGGUAGGGAACAUUAAUAUUUGGAUGUGCCGAUUAGAAACUAUCCGCCUGUGGCAACAGCAACUAAAAAACCUUCAGAUGAACAAGCAAGUCAACAAUGGUCUUACGCUCAGUGAUCUUCCUCUGCAUAUGCUGAGUAACAUCUUGCACAGAUUUUCUGAUGGCUGGGACAUUAUUACAUUGGGUCAAGUGACCCCAACUUUGUACAUGCUCAGUGAAGACAGACAGCUGUGGAAAAAACUAUGCCAGUACCAUUUUGCAGAAAAGCAGUUUUGUAGGCAUUUGAUUCUGUCAGAGAAGGGUCACAUUGACUGGAAGCUGAUGUACUUUGCACUUCAGAAAUACUACCCAAAAAAGGAGCAGUAUGGAGACACCUUGCAUUUCUGUCGACACUGUAGUAUUCUGUUUUGGAAGGAUUCGGGACACCCUUGCACAGCCAGUGACCCAAACACCUGCCUCAUGCCAGUAUCUCCUCAGCAUUUCAUUGAUCUCUUCAAAUUCUGAGAUGCUCAGUAGCUGUUCUCCUGUGUUGUGGUCAUUUUUUGUGAGGAGUUGGGCAGGGUGUGUUAUGCUCUUUAUGCCAUGUAUGUGUGGUGUUGUGGUUAAAAAAAAGAUGGGGAGCUUAUCAGGCAGGUGUACCUGGAGUGUUGUUUUUCAGCAGAAAAGAGCUGAGGAGAGGACAUUAAAAACUCUGUGAGAAAUCUAUUGAUCGUUUUAAUCUCAAUUUUAAAUCCAUUUUGAUGCCUUAAUAAUUGGUUAAAAUUACGUGAGGGGAUUUUGAAGAUUUCAUGGAGUCAAACUAUACUUAAGCUAUACUUACAGGACCAAAUGACUUCUGUUGUUGUUGCUAAUUCUUCCUUUAAGGCACUGUUUUCAAAAUGCUUCCAUAUAAUUUGCACCAUUAUAAAAAGUAGGCUAAUAAUUCCCUUGGACUCAAACCAGUUACCAGCAAGGCAUUAAUCAUUGUGAGCUAGUGAAUAAGAUGUAGCUGUUGUUGGACAUAUAAAUAGAGGAAAUUGACCAAUUUUUAUAUGUACCUUAUGCAAAAAUAUUUAUUUUUCUGAAGAGGACUUUAUUAAACAUGUAACCUAUCUCAGCAUACUCCAUAACUGAAAACAGAGAUGGGGCUACUGGAAAAAGUGACCUCUGUGCUUGUUGCUACAGCUUUCCUUCAUACUGCUCAGUAUGUCUACAAAUGCAACUGCAUUAAUUCAUCUUCUAAGAAGAAGAUGAUGGCAUUACUGGAAUUUGAUAAGAAUGGAGUUGCCUGUUUCUAGACUGCGGCAGGACACGAUGUGACAAACUGAGGCUCUAAGCUGACUUUGCAAGCUGUGGGAGAUCCUGAAAGCUAGGCUGAGCAGGAGCACCUUCUGCUAGGUUAAUCAGGAAGUGAAUUCCCCAGGAAGCAUCUUAUUCUAGUCUGUAGUGCAAAAGGAAUUGCCAAGCUUAGAGAGGUACAGGGAAAAAAAACUGCAGGAAUUUUGGUUUUCUUGAUGAAAUUUAACCAAUAAAAGGUAAUGUACAGAAAAAUAAAACUUAUUCUAUUCUGCA